AUGAACGGACCGACAGGAAGCGAAAAGAUUGUGCACGCGACGGGUGCAGGUGCCUUCUUCGGUGCCGCUGUUGGCUCCGUCGAGUCUGUGUGGGCCAUCCCGAAACUCGGUGCCAAGCUACCCACGCUCUCGAGCCAACUCAAGCACCUCGGCGUGCGCUCGCUCGUGUUUGCCGCCGUGGGCUGCAUCUACUCGUCGGGCGAGUACUUUGCCGCGACGAUUCGUCAGAAGGACGACGCGAUCAAUGCAGCUGUGGGUGGGGCGCUCGUGGGCGUCGUGCCGGGUAUGGUGAAGCAGAGUAUGCGCGUGGGGGUCGGCGCAGGCGUUGCGGCGGGCGCUGCUAUGUGCGCCGCGUCGUUCUGGCAAUCAUCGCAAGUGUCGCCGAUGGACAAGUACGCAGAGGUGCACCACGCUGACCGCUCCUGA